AUGGUGUUGGAUGACCUGAUGCCCUUGGAUGACCUGAUGGUGUUUGAUGACCUGAUGGUGCUUGGUGACCUGAUUGUGCUGGGUGACCUGAUGGUGUUGGGUAACCUGAUGGUGCUGGGUGGCCUGAUGGUGUUGGAUGAUCUGAUGUUGUUGGGUGACCUGGUGGGUGACCUGAUGGUGGGUGACCUGAUGAUGUUAGAUGACCUAAUGGUGUUAGGUGACUUGGUGGUGUUAGGUGACCUGAUGGUUUUGAAUGACCUGAUGGUGUUGGGUGACCUGAUGGUGUUGGAUGACCUGACUGAUGCGGAGUACCUCAUGUUUGUAGGGCCACCGCCAUCAAAGGCAAACAAGUUUUCCUUUGGCCAGUUUUAUGACGAUUUUUCAAAACUACUGGAUGAUAUCACUUUGAAAAAAGGAAACUUGCUAUUGAUGGGUGAUUUCAACAUUCAUUAUGAGAGUGCAUGUAAACCUGAGGUCAAGAAAUGUGUCAAGCUGCUAGAGUCACAUGGUCUUACCCAGCUUGUUUUUGAACCUACUCACAGGAACGGUCACACACUUGAUUGGAUAGUUGCUCGGCAUAGAGAAGAUGUGGUGCAAGACAUCCUUGUUGAAGAUAGACAAUCAUCUGAUCAUUUCUGGAUAACUGUAGAACUCAGUUUUCUCAAACCAACUGAGGGACCUGUCGAAGUUCAGUGUAGAAACCUUAAGCUUGUUUCCCGUGAAGACUUUGCUAGGGAUCUUCAGUCUUCAAAGUUACUCACAGAACCUUCAGAGGAUGUGAAUGAACUUGCUGAUCUCUAUAACACAACACUGAUUCAACUCAUGGAUUCUCAUGCCCCUUGUGUCACUAGAUACAGGCGACUCAGGCAUGAACCACAGUGGUACAAUGAUCAGAUACUUCUCGCAAAAACCCACAGGCGCAAGUCGGAGCGUAAGUGGAGGAAAACCAGGCUUGAAAUUCAUCGGCAGAUGUAUAACAUGGCCCGUAAUGAAUUAAACCAGCUGAUUCGUGAGACAAAGUCAAGAUAUUACAAUGAUAAUGUAUUCUCCAAUCAGCAGAAUCCCAAAGUACUCUUUACUCAUCUGUUUUCCUUACUUGGAAAGACGUCAAACACUACUCUACCUAAUGUGGAUGAUGAUUUGACUCUUGCAAACGACUUUGGCAAGUUCUUUUCUUCUAAGAUUGAGAAGAUUAGGCAAGAAUUUUCUCCUGAGUCAAUUGCUGUAACUGGUGCACGCUUUCAAGGUGAGAGUUUUGAUUCCUUCGACCCGCUCACAGAGGAACAGAUUAUCUGCAUCAUCAAACAAUCAAAGGGCACAACGUGUACACUUGAUCCAGCCCCUACUAAAUUUGUCUUGGAAUAUUUUGACAUUUUACUUCCUGUGUUCACUCAGAUUAUCAACUUAAGCUUGAAAUGUGGCACUGUUCCAGGUUGCUUCAAGCAGGCAAUUGUGAAACCUUUGCUGAAAAAACCUGGUUUAGACUCCACCUGUUUCAGCAACUAUAGGCCAGUGUCUAAUCUUCCAUUCCUCUCCAAGGUACUUGAAAGAGCUGUGAAGAUGCAAGUUAGUCAGCACUUGAGUAAACAUGACCUCUAUCACAAAUUCCAGUCCGCCUAUAGGUCAUUCCACAGCACGGAAACAGCCCUGCUCCGUGUUGUAAAUGAUUUGCAGUGGAGCGUUGACAGGGGGGAACUCAGCCGUUCUUGUUCUCUUGGACUUAUCGGCCGCGUUUGA